AUGAAGAAAUCCUAUGUUCAAAACAUUCAAGCGAAAAUCGCAAAACACUGGACAAUGCCUAUGAAUUCUUGCUCACCGGAGCAGUAUGAUGCCGAAGAAUGGCUUUUUACCUUUUACCUGGGAAAUGAUCGUUAUUACUCGUCGCACUGCCUUCGUUUUUCGCGAUGGUAUCUCUUCAUCGCGAGUUUUCUGGUGCAGUUCUGCAUCGGUUCACUCUAUUCCUGGUCAGUUUUCAAUAAGCCCAUCGAUAAUCAUGUCUACAAUGACGCGAAGGCUGGCAAUGCUGUGAAUGCGUUUUACAUUGCAGUAGGCAUUUUCGGCACAACGACAGCUAUCAUGGGUCCCUGGAUCGAACGCAACGGCCCGCGCAACGGUGUUGUGCUGGGUACGUCGUCAUUUCUCAUGGGUCACGGAGUUGUGGCCAUCGGCGUUGCGUACAAGGCUAUUGCUGCAGUGUACGUCGGUUAUGGUCUGUUUUGCGGAUUCGGCAUGGGUCUUUGCUACAUCGCUCCGAUAUCAGCGUUGCAAAAGUGGUUUCCAGAUUAUCGUGGCACAGCGGCAGGCUUUGCUGUUGCAGGGUAUGGCGCCGGAGCUGUUGUAUGGGCAAAAGUCUAUCGACCAUGCAUUGAAACUGUUGGAGUUUCGUCGACUUUCUUAGUUGUUGGCGGUGUAAUGGCUAGCACGAUGUACUUGUGCGCUAUUGUGCUGCGCACGCCUCACCUCGACUUUACCGUUGGUGGACUUAACAUUCAUGGCGAAGUGGUAGACGACCAUGGGACGGCGACAGACACUGUGGAGCUAAAAGGGUGCUACGAGUCUGCUGGAUCCGACAAUGAUAUUGAUUUUAUCAUUAGUACAAAUGCCCAGGUGCGCAAGCUGUCGUUGAUCGACGCUUUCAGGACACCAGACUUCAUAUGCAUGUACCUUAUGUUCUUUGCGAAUCAGAUCUACGGGCUGGUCGUGCUAUCCAAACUUUCCAACAUGUGCACCGACAUCUUUGGUCGAACAGGCGAUGAAGCGGCUAACAUCGUGUCGAUAAAUGGCGUGUUUAACUGCUUCGGUCGACUUUUCUUCUCCCUGGCAUCGGAUGUCGUUGCUCGUUAUUGCAAUAUCGAGCACUCGUUUGCGCGCAAGUGCGUAUUUUAUACGACCUUGGUCCUGCAGCUUGUCAUUGUAGGCACAACGCCAAUGUUGAUUCGGAACAAUCAGUACACGGCUUUCGUGGCGGAGAUUUUUAUUCUUACAACUAGCUAUGGUGGGGGCUUCGGCACAAUCCCGGCCUUCCUCACGGAUAUGUUUGGCGCCUUUAACAUAGGUGCAACGCAUGGACUAAUUCUGACGGCAUGGUCAUUUGGGGGCGUUGUUGGUGGCAUCAGUUUCAACAACCUUUACAGCAGCAAGAUCGAAGCCGGAGUCUCUACCAGUGAGGCUUACAUCUCGACUGCAAACGACAUUUUCAUUAUCAUUCUGGUAGGCUUGGUACUGUUGUUUUUUGUCCGCACGAACCCGAUGGAUCGAUUUGAGCCUGGCUACCACUUCAGCAUCUACGGCAGACGAAUUAUCAACAUCAAAGCCAAAGAAAAGCUUCCGAAAGAAGAUUUAUUACCUUCAGAACAUCUGAAAAACGAUUCUAGUUUUGUACUUGCAGAAGAAUGA